AUGGUGCAAAUCAAUCACCAAGAGUACCUGACCGAGGAAGAAAAGCGACUGAAGGAAGACCGAGAGAGGACCAAGUACUGGAAGAAGUGGGGGCCGUAUGUCGCUGAGCGACAGUGGGCGACUGUUCGUGAGGAUUACAGUGCGGAUGGCGACGCUUGGAGUCACUUCCCCCACGAACAUGCUCGCUCGAGGACUUUCCGCUGGGGCGAGGAUGGCAUUGCGGGAGUCUCAGACACCCACGGCCUGCAGAACAUCGCCUUUGCCUUCUGGAAUGAGGAAGACGCUUUUUUAAAGGAACGUCUAUUUGGCCUCUCGAACCCCCAGGGUAAUCAUGGAGAAAGUAUCAAGGAAGCUCAUUUCCAUCUCGACAACACUCCCACGCACUCGUAUAUGAAACUUCUCUACAAAUACCCCCAAAAGAAGUUCCCCUACGAAGAUCUCAUCCGGGAGAAUGCGAGGAGAGGUAAGCAGGAUCGGGAGUACCAGAUUGUUGAUACGGGAAUCUUUGACGACGACAGAUAUUGGGACAUUACCAUUGAGACUGCCAAGGAAACCGACGAUCCAGACGAGCUGCUUUUCCGGGUUACCGCCUGGAAUAGGGGCCCAGAGCCAGCACCACUGCAUAUUAUUCCACAUUUUUGGUUUAGGAAUACUUGGGCCUGGGGACACGAAACUGCAGACAAGAAGCCAAACAUCCGCAAGGUUAAUGAGACGGUGGUGCAGAGCAAGCACCACAAGCUGGGGGAACGCUACUUCUCACUAUCUCCUUCUCCAGGAGUUGGUCCUAGUGGCACGGACGUGCUCCCCAGGCUUAUUUUCACGGAAAACGACACCAACUUUGAAAAGCUAUACAAUGGCAAGAACGACCAGCCCUACGUCAAGGAUGCUUUUCACAGACACAUUGUUGACGGCGAGAAGAAAGCAAUCAACCCAAAACACACUGGUACCAAAUCUGCUGCUUGGUUCGCGUUUAACGAGGGCGGUGGAGUGGCGCCAGGAGAAUGUGCUGUGGUGAGAUUCAGAAUGUCCAAAAAGUAUGAGGACUACGUCGACGAAGAGCUCUUUGAUGAUAUCAUGGAGAAGCGGAAGGAGGAGGCAGACGAGUUCUACAGCCGGAUAAGUCCUCUGCCAAUGUCUGAAGAUCUCCGCAGCAUCCAACGACAAGCUUUCGCGGGUAUGAUGUGGACGAAGCAGUUCUAUCAUUUCAUUUGGGACCAAUGGGCGAAUGGUGACCCAAGUCAGCCCCCCCCUCCCCCAGAGCGGAAGGCUGUGAGAAACGCCAAUUGGAAGCACAUGCAUCUUGAUGAUAUUCUUUCAAUGCCUGACUCGUGGGAGUAUCCCUUUUUCGCUGCCUGGGACUCGGCCUUCCAUUGUAUUCCUCUAGCUAUGAUUGACCCGGAUUUCGCAAAGAAGCAACUGGAUUUGUUCACAAGAGAGUGGUACAUGCAUCCUAACGGGCAACUGCCUGCCUACGAGUGGAACUUUGGAGAUGUCAACCCGCCCGUGCACGCGUGGGCCACCUUCAGAACCUUCAAGAUCGAGAGAAAGCUAUAUGGCCGUCAAGACCUCGAUUUCUUGGAAAGGGUUUUUCAGAAGCUACUCCUCAACUUCACAUGGUGGGUUAACCGCAAAGACUUUGACGGAAAGAACGUGUUUGAAGGAGGCUUCCUGGGAUUAGACAACAUCGGUCUCUUUAACCGCUCUGAGCCGCUCCCUACAGGAGGUGUGCUCGAGCAAGCCGAUAGUACUGGUUGGAUGGCAUUCUACUGCCUGUGCAUGUUGAACAUUGCGCUGGAACUGGCCAAGCACCGCCGGAUCUACGAAGACAUUGCUUCCAAAUUCUUCGAACACUUCAUGCUCAUUAGCGAUGCCAUGACCUACAAGACCGACGAGAAGGAGAAGUCUCUGUGGAAUGAGGAAGAUGGAUUCUACUAUGAUGCAAUCUCAUAUGGUGGGCCGUGGACCCAGCAACUCCCUGUCAGAUCUCUCGUAGGCUUGAUUCCUCUGUAUGCCACUCUAACUUUGGAGCCCGAACUCAUCAACAAUCUACCCGCAUUCAAAAAGCGUGUCGAUUGGUUCAUCGAGAACAGACACGAUGUUGCAGAGCGGAACAUGGCAAGUAUCAGGAAGAGAGGUAAAGACAAUCGGAUCCUGUUGUCACUUGUCAGCAAAGACCGACUUGAGAAGAUUCUGAAGCGUAUGCUAGAUGAAGAUGAGUUUUUCAGCGAUCAUGGGAUCCGGUCUCUUUCCAAGUAUCACGAGAAGAACCCCGUAUCUAUGGACGUGAAUGGACAAGAGUUCAAGGUCAGCUAUGUCCCCGGGGAUUCCGACAGCGGGUUGUUUGGAGGCAACAGUAAUUGGAGAGGACCUAUCUGGAUCGCUGUCAACUUUCUUCUGGUCGAGUCUCUUCAACGCUUUUACAUGUUCUACGGACCCAGGUUUGAGGUUGAAUGUCCGACAGGUUCCGGAGAUAUGAUGCAUCUUGGUCGAGUAUCGGAAGAGAUACAACAUCGUCUCCAGCAUCUCAUGGCCCGUGGCGAUGACGGACGCCGUGCCAUCAACGAUGGAAAUGACAUGCUGGACUUUGAUCCUAACUGGAAAGACAACCUGUGGUUCUAUGAAUUCUUUGAUGGCGACACAGGUCGUGGGUUGGGCGCUACUCAUCAGUGCGGUUGGACGGGAUUGCUCGCUAGGAUGAUCCACGACACUGGAUUGAGCUGCCGUCUUCCACAGACACCCAGAACACCUGGAACAGGGAUGAAUCAUUACUUCGACGACGUCUUCACUCGUCAUGUAAAACAAAAAUCCGAUAAAGUGGCCCGUCCUUCCAUGCGUCGUUCUUCAACUGCUCGCUCGAUUGGAGCUCGCAGCGACUACGAUGCUGAUGAUGCUCACUCUGUUGGCAACUCAGUCGAUCACGAGGACCUGGAUAGGGAGAAAGAGCGUAAAGAGGCGGAUUUGCGUGAGGCCAAUUAUGUUUUGGAACAGCUUGAGAGAGUUCGCAGCCACCAGUCAGCGGACUUUGAGACCGGAGAUGAGUUUGAAGCUCAGCUUGAUGGGCAAUGA